AUGAUUUUAUCUGAACAAGCAUUAUUAGAUACUAUUGAUAAUACAGUUACAAUAGAUGAUAAUUCUAUUGACCUUUUUAAUAGUAGUUAUAAUAUAAUUUUAUCUGAACAAGCAUCUUCAACUA